CUUUAGGCAUUCUGAUAUGCUGCGCUGACACUCUCCAUCCCAUGACAAUGGCGACUGCAAAACGACCUGAGAAGCCCUCGGCGGUACCGAAGAACCUAAUUCCUUCAUCCUCGCCUGCAUUCGGCACUCCUGUUCACCCCAUCAAUCCCCGCCGGACAGCCCCAAUACCCGCACCGCCCGCGCUGAAACCCGCCGUGAGAGCGACAGUCCUACCCAUCGAGCUUCCGCCGGCGACACUAAGGCCCCUCGCAUUCCGAACAUUCACCAAGAAGCACAACUUGACCCUGACAUCUUCCGCGCUUUCAGCAUUAGCGAGCUUCAUCGGGAAGCACUGCGGUUCGGGAUGGAGGGAAGAAGGACUGGCAGAAAAAGUGCUCGAGGAGGUGGCGAAGAGCUGGAAGAAGAGCGGUAGCCAGGUCAUUGUAGAAGGAGAUGGUGACACGCUCAAGAGUAUCCUAAAGACAUUAGAGGGCUCCAUGAGCGGUGGAAGAAUCGUCAAUGGCUCGAACUUGAGCAGACAAAGCAGCUUUAACUUUGGGCCGGACGCGAAUGGGCAAGGAACUCCGGAACCCGGGGUGAGACCGGCAUUGGACAGCCAGACCAGCUUUGGCAUGUCGAGCUUGGGUGUAGACGACAAGGACGACGAGGAGGAGUCGUUAAAGGAUCCGCGGGAGUGGAUGAAGGUCAUAGAUACCUUCGAGCAGCCAAAGCUGGUCUAUAACAUCUCGCAACGGCACUUCGAGAAAUCGAACGUAAAGUCCUCGCUCUUCCCCGACCCAUCCCACAAAACAGACCUUUUCCGCCAACGCUACCACACCGUACACCAGCGCAUCCUCCGCAAUGAAACCUUCCAGACUCCUACCUUCUCCACUGCGCGCUCUGCGGGACUGAGCCGUACGGGUUCUAUCGCCAACUCCCAAACAAACACAUUAACCCCAAUUGCGAACCUGCUGGGCCGAAGCGGCAGCGCGCAUCUACUGCUAGGAAUGUUGACAGUAUCGCCGACCGGAGCACUCUCAUUAUCAGAUCUGACGGGGACAAUAGCACUAGACCUCCAACAUGCAUGCCCAAUACCAGAAAACGGUGCCUACUUCGCGCCAGGUAUGAUAGUGCUCGUGGAUGGUAGUUAUGAGGAAGACUAUAGCAAUCCGACGUCCGGCUCAACCUCCACAUUAGGGGGCACGGGCGGUAUUGGCGGGACAAUAGGUGGAAAAUUCAUUGGUUUCUCCGUUGGCCACCCUCCAUGCGAAAGACGGACUACGACGCUUGGUGGCACUGAAGAGUCUGACAGGAACAGCUUGAGCGGGCCGGCCUUCGGCUGGACAGAUUUCCUCGGCGUAGGCUCUGAGCGUGCAACUGGAUCGCGAAUGAACCGCCUGGCGAACAAGCUUCUUACCGCAGAGAAAGCACACAACGUUGUCAUCGCAUCAGACCUACACCUGGAUAAACCCUCGACACUCUCAGCUCUCCGUACCCUUCUCCGCACGUACUCUCCAGAUCCCACGGACUCCCACCCCAUAUACCCUCUCGCCAUCAUUCUUAUGGGAAACUUCAGCUCCAAAGCCAGUCUCGCAGGCGUCCCUGGUGCAGGGAGUAUAGAGUAUAAAGAACACUUCGACGCCUUAGCCACCGUCCUCGCAGACUUUCCACAACUCAUCGCUCACACAAAUCUAGUCUUCGUCCCAGGUGACAACGACGCAUGGCCAAGUGCAUUCUCAGCAGGCGCCGCAACACCCCUACCGCGGAAAGCAGUCCCAACGCUUUUCACAAACCGAGUACGGCGUGCCAUCGCAGAAGCAAACCGCGAAGUAUGGGGCGCAGGAAAAGCGAGAGGAAAGGAGGGCGAAGUAAUAUGGACUAGCAACCCAUCGCGAUUAACCUGGUUUGGUGUGAAGGGCGAGAUGGCUAUCCUACGCGACGACUUCAUGGGCCGCUUACACCGCACAAGCAUCCGCUUCAACAAGCCCGAAGCAGACCCCGACGACGACGAUGAACAGCUCCCAGACGCCACCUCCGCGCCCCAAAACAACGAAGAGUCCCAAGACGCAGCAAUGGACCUCGACGCCCCCUCGACCCUCGCUCCGGCCGUCCCUCCCGAGCCCCAAGACUCCAUCGACACCGACACGCAGACCGCGCGCGCACUAACCCGCACCCUGCUCUCACAAUCACACCUCUCGCCUUUUCCACUCUCCAUCCGCCCGUUGCACUGGGACUACGCGCAUACGCUGAACUUGUACCCGCUGCCUACGAGCGUGGUGGUUGCGGAUUCCGAGGCACCCGCUUUUGUGGUCAAGUAUUGUGGGUGCACGGUUAUGAAUCCGGGGGCUAUUGAUGGGAGUGGGGGCCGUGCGAGGGGGGAGGGGAGGGCCAGGUGGGUCGAGUUUGAUGUUAGGAGUGGGGUUGGCGUUGUGAGGAGUGAGGGCUGA